AUGGCUCUAGUUCAUAGAAAUUUUCUGAAGGAUUUCGGUGAUGCUGCUGGUGCGGGUGGUUUCGGAGCUGGUGGUAUACCGCCUGGCUUCGAUCAAAUAUUCAAAGACCCCGAAAUCUUGACGCUCAUCAAAGAUCCAGCCGUAAUGGCCGCCUACACGGACAUCAUGAAAGAUCCGGCGAAUAUGGCCAAGCAUAUGAGUAAUCCAAAAGUGCUGAAGUUGUUCGAGAAACUCGGUGGACUUACGGGUGCAUUCCCGGCUGGAAUGACACCACCAACGGCUGGUGCAGGAUCUGCGUCAACCGCUCCACCUUCAAGCAAGGUGCCUGAGCCAGAUCUUGAUUGA